AUGACUGUAACCAAAGGUGGAGGUGUAUUACUUGCAUGUCGUCGAGAGUUUGCAUUACAACCCAUUGACCUUACAUCUAAGGGUUAUAAUUCACUGCGGUAUAGUGAAUUGCUUGCUGUUAAAUGCUCUAUAAAUUAUUUCAAUAUUUACGUUGUAGUAAUAUAUGUACAACCGAAGGCAACUAUUGAGGAAUUUGAACUGAUAUUUCACAUAUUAGCCAAUAUAACUGAAUCAAAUAAUCAUAAUGUUCUCAUAGUAGGUGAUUUUAAUCUACCAGAUUACAGUUCAAAUUUGUCGCUUCCUGUGACAAGUAACAGAAAAAUUUCAUCCCUGUUCAAUUUUCUCAAUUUCUGCAACUACAAACAGUACAAUAACGUUAAUAAUAUUAAUGAACGUUGUCUUGACUUGGUUAUUGGUAGUUUUUAUUGUUCUGUUGAUAAGUGUGAUGACUCUUUAGUGGAUGAGGAUGUUCACCAUCCCUCUCUGAUUAUCUCAAAAACUCAGCGUGGCAAAAAAACCAACUCAAUUAUUCACAGUGGAAUAGUUAAUGCCCACUGGAACUUUCGACAAGCUGAUUACCCAAAUUUGUAUAAAGAGAUAAUGAAAAUCAACUGGACUGAACUUAACAGCAUUAGUGAUAUUAAUAUUGCUUCUGGUAUAUUUUACGAUAAACUAAAUAAUGCACUCAACUUACAUGUUCCCAAAACUCGUCGUUCCCUUAAAAUAUGCUUUCCGCCUUGGUUUACUCCAGUCAAUAUAAAGAAAUUGAAACUUAAAAACACCCUACACCGUAAGCUUAAAUCAACUAUCAAUGAAACUGAGAUACAUAGCAAGUUUAAAAAGAUACGGUCUGAGAUAAAACGUGACAUCGACUUAGAAUACAAACGAUAUAUAACUAACGUUGAGGUGAAUAUUAAAUCUGAUCCCAGUAAAUUUUGGUUCCAUGUAAACAACCUUAGUAGGCAUACGGGUAUACCUUCGCAGCUGAGCUACUCAAAUAAACUUCUUAACAAACCUGAUGAUAUUGUCAAUGCAUUUGCAGAAUAUUUUUCCAGUAAUUAUAAUAAUUGCACCGUGAAUAACGCUGACGACUUUGCUGAUUAUCAAAUGUUAAAUCCAAUAAUAAAUCUAAACACUAUCUCGGAAUCAGAUGUUCUAAACGCUCUGAAAAAGAUCAAACCUAAUAUGUGUUCAGGACAUGACAAUAUUCCAGGCUUUAUUCUGACAGAUUGUGCCUGUAUACUAACUCCACCUCUAACAAUUCUUUUUAAUUUGAUUCUAAGAACCUCUGACUCACUUGAUUCCAAGCUCCAGGUAGAUGUAGUAUACACUGAUUAUUCUAAGGCAUUUGAUAAAUUAAAUCAUGUAAUUCUAUUGGCAAAAUUAAGUAAUAUUGGUCUCUCUGUUUCAUUAGUUAAUUUAAUUGAAUCAUAUCUAUCUAAUAGGUUACAGUGCGUUACAUAUUAUGGACACGAGUCGAUAAAAAGACCUGUUCCCUCGGGGGUGCCUCAGGGCUCCGUACUGGGCCCUCUUCUGUUUAUUGUUUACAUUAACGACAUUGUUAAGAACAUAAAAUCUAACGUUUUAAUAUAUGCUGAUGAUCUUAAGAUUUAUAAAGACGUCUCAACCAUAGAGGACUGCAUCUUGUUGCAAAAUGAUUUAAAUAGGUUUCAUGAAUUUAGUUUGUCUAACUUACUCCCAGUGAACUAUAAGAAAUGUCACAUAAUGACCAUUACCAAUAAGUGCACACAAAUUCAAUUCGACUAUAAAUUAAACAACAUGAGUCUUGCUAGAGUGGAUACAUUUAAAGAUCUAGGUGUCAUUUUUGAUUGUGUGGUAGAGAUUUUACACAGGUUGAUAGCUUGCGACUGCUGUACUUUGCUUACUUUCGCUCAAAGCUCGAAACGAUUUAAAGUAGAAGCCUUAAGUACUAGACGGUGUAUCGCCUCGUUCAAAUUUCUUCGUAAUGUGAUAAAUUUUCACGUUGAUUGCGCUGAUCUUCUUGGUAAGAUAUUCAUCUUGGUACCUAGAAUGUCAUCUCGAUCUAAUCAAUGUUUAUAUCUUCCAACUCCUCGUCUAAAUAUCGAAAAACACUCUCCAGUCUAUGAAAUGUGUCACCAGUAUAACUUAGAUCCCUCGACCGGCUAUUUUGGUUUUGUUCAAAGGCGGCUUUCACUAAAUAUGAAAAUCCACCAUUCUACUAUUUCUUUACUACCUGCAGCCGCUGAAGGUUCCGAAAUAACCACUCGCUCUGAAAGCCGGCUCUGUUAA